AUGGGUGUAUUAUUAAAUUUGUUUUUAUUUGUGACCGUUUUGGUGCCUGGUGUUUUUGGCCAAGAGGCUGCGACGUGCUAUGGUGCUGGUAGCGUCGCUGGCGCGGCAAUCGGUGCUUUCAUUGCUGCACUUCUUUUAGUGGCAGCUGCCUAUUACUUGAGAAAACUUUAUUGGAAAUCACGAAAAGUCACAAGACACAGACUAAACAAAAUAAUUGAAGGUAGCAAAAACGAAGACGUAACAAAUCCGUAUGUACACACUUCUCAAGUUACUGUUAAACGUUCAUUGAAUAUGUAUGACUAA